GAAAAAGCAUUCUUCUGUCAUAUCUCACGGCCCUCCUCGUUACCCAGCAUAUAAAAAGGGUAUUUUCAUAUGAUGUUGAGCGAAAUGAAUUUGACAGCCUACGUCUUCGUUGCAACCAUCCUAGUCUCUUCCCUAUCUUAUGUCGAUGGCCGAUCGAAAAAAAGUCGGAAAGAGGACGAACUGAAUAGAAGACCGUGGCUCCACGAUUAUACAGAGGAUUUCCUUGGAAUUAGCCUGGAUGAUUAUAUGCUAAUAGACUCAGCUCGCCUAAUCGAAGGACCUAAAGGAGGAUACCCUAGGAUUGGUCGUGUCCUCGGUAUGAACCCUAAGUUGACGAAGAAAGUUAAUGCAAUCACCUAUGCUGAGUUCCGCCUAAGCAAGGAAGCGUUCAACUUCAUCCAGAAGAUAACCUAUGGUUUAGAAAAAGAGCGACUUAAGGGAAUAUCGCAAGUGAAUAAGGUUUCAAGGGAUGUGUCCCGCAUGACUUCGAAAUCCGGACUUUGUCGUGAGCUUUCCCAAUAUCUCGAAGGAUCGAACUAUAAAAGAGGGAUAAAAUCAAUUCUCGAAUCGGAUCGGAGCGAUCAUAUGCGUUAUUGCUGAAGCUGUUCUACCCGAUCCAUGCACGACCGACAAGACCGACAUAUAUGCAAGUUUCCCGUAUUACUGGAACCUUCGGUAUAUAAAACAAAACACUUGCAUUUGUAUCACGGAUGCAAUUUCUCGAUAAACUCUGAUUCUAGG